CUGAGGCGUAGGGCCGGUUGUGGUGUGUCUGAGCCGGAACUCGGGUGUGUGCGGUGUCGGCCCGCACUCAGCCUCGGGGUACCAUGGCCAGUGUCCACGAGAGCCUCUACUUCAACCCCAUGAUGACCAAUGGGGUCGUGCAUGCCAACGUGUUCGGCAUCAAGGACUGGGUGACGCCGUAUAAGAUCGCGGUGCUGGUGCUGCUGAACGAGAUGGGCCGCACGGGCGAGGCUGCCGUCAGCCUCAUGGAGCGGCGGAGGCUCAACCAGCUGCUCCUGCCACUGCUGCAGGGCCCAGAUAUUACACUGUCUAAACUGUACAAGUUAAUUGAAGAAUCUUGUCCUCAGCUCGCAAAUUCAGUACAGAUCAGGAUCAAACUGAUGGCUGAAGGCGAAUUGAAGGAUAUGGAACAAUUUUUUGAUGACCUGUCAGAUUCUUUUUCUGGAACUGAACCAGAGGUUCACAAAACAAGUGUAGUAGGUUUAUUUCUGCGUCACAUGAUCUUGGCCUACAGUAAGCUUUCUUUCAGCCAAGUGUUUAAACUGUACACUGCCCUUCAACAGUACUUUCAAAAUGGUGAGAAAAAGACAGUGGAGGAUGCUGACAUGGAGCUGGCCAGCAGAGAAGAGGGCGAAAGGAAAAUGGAAAAAGAAGAACUUGAUGUAUCUAUAAGAGAAGAGGAGGUAUCUUGCAGUGGGCCUCUGUCCCAAAAACAAGCAGAGUUUUUUCUUUCUCAACAGGCUUCUUUGUUAAAGAAUGAUGAGACUAAAGCCCUCCCUCCAGCUUCUUUGCAGAAAGAAUUGAAUAACUUGUUGAAAUUUAAUCCUGAUUUUGCUGAAGCGCAUUAUCUCAGCUACUUAAACAACCUCCGGGUCCAAGAUGUUUUCAGCUCCACGCACAGCCUCCUGCAUUAUUUUGACCGCCUGAUUCUCACUGGAGCCGAAAGCAAAAGUAACGGGGAGGAGGGCUACGGGCGGAGCUUGAGGUACGCGGCUCUGAACCUGGCCGCCCUGCACUGCCGCUUCGGACACUAUCAGCAGGCAGAGCUCGCCCUGCAGGAGGCAAUCAGGAUUGCCCAGGAGUCCAACGAUCAUGUGUGUCUCCAGCACUGCCUGAGCUGGCUUUACGUGUUGGGGCAGAAGAGAUCUGAUAGCUACGUUCUGCUAGAGCACUCGGUGAAGAAAGCAGUGCAUUUUGGGUUACCGUACCUUGCCUCCCUGGGCAUACAGUCCCUGGUUCAGCAGAGAGCUUUCGCUGGGAAGACAGCAAACAAGCUGAUGGAUGCCCUAAAGGACUCCGACCUCCUGCACUGGAAACACAGCCUGUCAGAGCUCAUCGACAUCAGCAUCGCCCAGAAAACGGCCAUCUGGAGGCUCUAUGGCCGCAGCACCAUGGCGCUGCAGCAAGCCCAGAUGUUGCUGAGCAUGAACAGCCUGGAGUCGGUGAACGCGGGUGUGCAGCAGAACAACACGGAGUCCUUUGCUGUCGCGCUGUGCCACCUCGCGGAGCUGCACGCGGAGCAGGGCUGUUUUGCUGCAGCUUCCGAAGUGUUAAAGCACCUGAAGGAAAGAUUCCCACCUAAUAGUCAGCAUGCCCAGUUAUGGAUGCUAUGUGAUCAAAAAAUACAGUUUGACAGAGCAAUGCAUGAUGGCAAAUAUCAUUUGGCUGAUUCACUUGUUACAGGAAUCACAGCUCUUCAUAGCAUAGAGGGUGUAUAUAGAAAAGCAGUUGUACUACAGGCUCAGAACCAAAUGACAGAGGCACACAAGCUUUUACAAAAGUUGUUGAUUCACUGUCAGAGAAUCAGGAACACAGAAAUGGUGAUCAGUGUGCUGCUGUCCGUGGCGGAGCUGUACUGGCGCUCGUCCUCCCCGACCAUUGCGCUGCCCGUGCUCCUGCAGGCUCUGGCCCUCUCCAGGGAGCACCGGCUGCAGUACUUGGCCUCCGAAACAGUGCUCAACUUGGCUUUUGCCCAGCUCAUCCUUGGAAUCCCAGAACAGGCCUUAAGCCUUCUCCAUAUGGCCAUUGAGCCCAUCCUGGCAGACGGAGCUGUCCUGGACAAAGGCCGGGCCAUGUUCUUGGUGGCCAAGUGCCAGGUGGCUUCCGCAGCUUCCUAUGAUCCACCGAGCAAAGCAGAAGCUCUGGAGGCCGCCGUCGAGAACCUCAAUGAAGCGAAGAACUACUUUGCUAAGGUCGACUGCAAAGAACGAAUCAGAGAUGUGGUUUACUUCCAGGCCCGACUCUACCACGCCCUGGGGAAGACCCAGGAGAGGAACCGCUGUGCCAUGCUCUUCCGGCAGCUGCACCAGGAGCUGCCCUCUCACGGGGUGCCCUUGAUAAAUCACCUCUAGCGAGCGUGCCCUGCUGGGCCGCUGUGCUUGUUUACACUCCCUCCCUCCACAUA